UGAGGAAAAAGAAGAAAAUGACAUAAUGUCAUUAGAUACAGUGGCCAAAAGUAGGCCAUACAGCGAAUUUCUGAAAUCAUGUUUCCUUAUGGCGGUAUUUGGUAUCUCUUUUGCGGAAAAAGUUUCACUAGUAAAAUGUCCUGGAAUGUAUUGUGGACGGAAGGAUACAGGAGGUGGAACAUACUCAGAAUGUGGGGCAUGUCCCAGAGGCUACCAGCCAGAUCCUGACACCAUCUGUCAACGAUGUGAGGACUCACCAAAGUUCUAUGACUGGCUGUACCUUGGUUUCAUGGCAUUGCUGUCUCUUGUCUUCCAUUGGUUUUUCAUAGACUUCACAAAUAAACGGAAGAGGACCUUGAUCAUACUACAUGCCAGUGCAUUGGUAGAAUGUAUACUGGCGGCCAUUCUCACCCUUUUACUUGUUGAUCCGGUGGGAUCCAUCAAUAUCCGGUCAUGCAUGGUCCAUGAGCUGUCUGAUUGGUACACCAUGCUGUAUAACCCAAGUCCAAACUACACCACCACUCUACAUUGUACACAGGAAAUAGUCUACCCACUGUACACAAUAUCCAUGAUCUACUAUGCCUUUUGUCUGCUGUUACUGAUGUUGGUGAGACCUUUCGUGUCCUACACAUUUGUCCAGAGUCGAGGCACGAAGUCAAUAUAUGCUGCUCUGUACUUCCUUCCCAUCCUCAUCGUAUUACAGGCAGUGUUUGGGGGACUCCUCUAUUAUGCUUUUCCGUACAUUGUGAUAGUAAUUUCUAUAAUCACAAAUGCAGUGUUUUUGUCCAGUAUUUCCGAACAGGAAGUGAAGCCAUUGCUGAAAGAAGCAUUCCUGAAUUUGAGAAAUCUGACAAUUCUUGCUGGACAUUGGUUUCUUCAUGCAUAUGGUAUAAUUGCCAUGACACAAUUGAAUGACCCCAGGUUCUAUGGGACACUAAUUGCAUUGGUGCCAUUUCCAGUUUUGUUUUACAUUCUGACAGUAAAGUUCACAGAUCCUGAUCGGAAUGUCCAGGACAUGUCCUGACAUGACGCCUCGAGACCUGGGUAUAGACCAAUGGCACGACACAGAGGGGGCCUAAGGAUUCCUUCACCAUAAUAGACCUUCACUCCAUGCUCAGACGGCUGAUAAACUUCCCUUUCACCAUUCUGUUGAAUACGUUUAGGGUUAUUCCAAACUUACAAUUAUUAGUACAUGUACAUGAAGGUUCAGUUUUUCCACACAAUAUAACCCAGUGAAAUUAUAUAUUUAUAAGUGACGUUAAAAAGAAGAAUCUGGAUUAGCAUGUUAUACAUAAACAUUUUAAUAAAAUAUGCUAUAAUAUAAUCCUGCAACCAUGGAUUUUCUUUAGCCAGACUUAGAAAUUAUUAUUUCAAAAUUUCAUCUUUUUUAAUUGAAUUCUUCAAGAUUCCCUUUAAUUUACCAUUUCUAUUGAAACAUGCAGGCAGCCAACUGUCUCCCACACAGUCAUUGACACUUAUUGUUACUUUAUCUUUAUCAGUUUGUGUAAAAAAUCACUUCAAGGGUAUAUUAAUUCAAGCUUGAUUUAGGCAAUGUUAUAAUCUUUCUCACUUUCACAAGAUGUUACCUUUUUUUCCUUCUAAAAGAGCAACGUAUAUAUUGAUUAGAUAUGGAUUCAUUAUUAAAGUAUUUUGGGAGUUUUUAAUUGGAGAUAAAUAGAAUUUGAAUUUUGUUACAAUGUUAAUUAAGAAAAACGAUAUGAUUGAUAUUUAGAAUUUCAAAAAUUUCUUUAGAUCUUGU